ACCCCUCCCCUACUAUGGCCCCAUAACGACUCUACCUUCGAAGGUUCAGCGUACUGCUUGACCUGCUAGACAGCUUAUUCAAGGCCGGUAUUUUCAUCGCGGAGCAGUCAACUUCAGAGUCCGUUGCAAUGCUUUUGAUUUUUCGGUCCGCUGCCCCCAUAUUAGGACAUGCGUCAGUAGCACUGUCCUGUUAUAAUCGUCUACAAUCGCGCAACUCGGACGUGCAGAAACCGUUGUUCUGUUCUUAUAGUGAGAAAUCACAGCUUCAUACCGACAGCGUAACUCCGAGUUAUGCAGAAAGAAAACACUCGAAGAAGCUCUUCAACCGCUUGUUAUACCGUGCAAAACAACGAGGCUUCCUUGAGCUUGAUAUACUUGUCGGCAAGUGGGCACAACGCCAUCUGAUUAAUCGGAGUGAAGAAUUCAUGGCUUCGUUUUCAGAGGUUCUCGACGAGGAAAAUCCUGAGCUCUUUAAGUGGCUCACAGGUCAGGAAUAUCCACCAUCAAGGCUGGCAAACAACCUGGCCUUCAUCUCUCUGCAAGUUCAUGUCAUAACUAUCAUGAACCAGAAAAGCCACAGAGGCGCAAGAGCUGAAGCAGGUCACAGCUGGCUAAGAGGUUGGUCGGAUGGAACAACUAAACAACUACUUUAGCUUCUUUUGAUCUCAGUUAAAGGAAGAUGUCCCAACAUUAAGCAGAUCUUUUACGAGACACAGUUCACUUUGUGAAGCAUUGUGAGACAGCGUAACUGACUGCCCUGGACAGGUGGCUUCAUCUGGCUCACGAAAAGGCUUUGAAAUUCAUCUAAAACGUUUUUUCCACCGUCCAGCGCACUGGAGAUAGCCAAACGACUGCAGACACGUUGUAGACUGCACAUGCACAGGGAUAUUCCAAACCGUGGUCGACUAUAGCACUUUAAUCACCGGUAGAUUCACCGUGUUUGUCCACAAAAGGCGCUGUAACGCUAAUGUGCGGUGCCCGACCUGGUCUCGGUUUACUUCAAAGAAACCUAAGAAAGCAACAAAUCUGAGGAAAAUGUUGAUAUUGAGAGAUAAUAAGUAUCUUUGAUAGGUCUCUUGAGUGCAAGCGCACUCAAUCUCUUGAAUGCAAGCGCACUCAGUAAUGCCUCAGUUGCAUCGUCUGUCAACUCAACUGCAGUGACGGUACCGUAAAUGUUGUUCACGAGCAUACAUAGGCGCACAAGUGUCAUAACAUAAGCACACGGAGAGUAAGUAGUACGAUCACUUUAUUUAAUGCACAGGCUGUUGAAGGGAUUCCAUCACUAUAUAAUUCGAUGAAAAUAGCUGAAAAGUACGGAAGUAUGUGAUAUGCAUUUUCUGUUUUCUUCGUUGAAAUAAUUUUCAUUUGUGGUCGUACGUGGUAAAGUGCACCUAAAUAAAAUCAGUUGACGACAGCGUUGGAGCAGCAGGUCGAAUCAACUUAAAGUCAAUAGUCGUAUAUUUGUCCAUCAUUUCGUCAUAAUCUCUGUAAUCUCUGUUUAGCGAGCGUGCUUGCUGCGUGGAGGAACGUUCUACAGCCUGGAAACUAUCACAAUAUAGAUUCCUUCUUCUCAACAUUAAAAAUACAGUCCUAGGUUUAAAGUAUCUAGUACCUUCGAAGGUAUAGAUCUACUAGAUGGUUUUAUUACGAGUACGUAUACCAUAAUGUUGUUGCAGUGGUGUUGCUC